AUGGCGCGAACCAGAGGGGCCAAGUCUUCCUCUCCUUCAAGCCGCAAGAAAGUCCCACGAGAGGAGCCCGUUCCAGGUCCCAUUUCUGAGCCUCCGCGGCUAAAAACAGUUUCCCCUCCGUUGAAGCCCGCGCCGCCAAAGCCUCCGGCGAGGCGUUAUCUCACCAGGUCAGGGGGUCGGCCACUGCAAAAGAGAGCCAGGGUUGAAAGCUCAGAGCCUAUUGACUUGACGGAGCAGUCCCCAGAACCCUUGCCAGUUCCAUCUCCGGCGCCGCCAGCAGAGCCUCAGGAGCCUCAGCCACCACUUCCCGAGCCCCAAAAUCCAUCUGAGAUAGCCCCUGAAGCAGUAAUCAGGCGGCCAAUGUUGACUCAGCCUCCAAUUGAGGGGAAUUUGGACUGUAGAGCUCAGCCAUUCCACUCCGAGCUGUGCUUUGACAUAGCUACAUUCCAAUUGCGGCCGGAGCUUGCACAGCUGCUGUGCCAAAUUCUGGAGCACCUGGGGUAUCCUACAGAGCCUCAGUUGGAGCGCAAGCGCAUUUGCCGAGAGGUAUUUACUCUCGAAAAAUGGAACAACAUGACAACUUAUAGAGUUGACCAGCCAGAGCGCCCACAGCCAGCUGCUAGGAGAGCAUUCCCACGACAUAUACCUGAGGGUAUACCUAUUGCUGCUCCUGCCAUUCCCAGAGCUCCACCAAGAGUUAUGCCGUUCAUUGGAGACCCUCACAGCAUCUCAGAGCAGCCUUGCUCAUGA